AUGGAAAGAAUAAGGGUCAAACGUCGCGGUCUCACAGGAGGUCUGGCAGCUCCUUUUGUCGCCGCUGGUGCUGGCGUGCUAAUCGGCUCGGGUGCUGCUGGUCUCGCCACCUACAGCAGGUGCUGCAGUGUUAGGAACCACAUGAAUAAGCGGGUAGGAGCAAUUGAAGAGUUCUCAGUUGAAACUCUCUCGGAUGGACUGAGCCUUCACUGUGCUCUGGUAGUUUCCGGGUGGAUUGAAGAAGAUACGUCAUGUGAAGAGGCGUUCAUACAUCAAUGGAGGCACCUUAACUUGGCGCGAGAGCAGUACACACUGCGCUAUGAGAGCAAGUAUCUGAUUGAAUUGGGGAAGGCGAUGGACUACAUCAUGGGUUUUGCCGUCUCUGUCGCUAUCCAGCAAACUCUCAUGGAGACAGUAUUGGCAGGCUUGGUGGCUGCGGUGGCAUGGCCAGUAGCGAUUGUUUCGGCUGCUUCAGUCCUCGACAAUCCAUGGAAUGUGUGCGUGGCGAGAGCAGCAGAGGUCGGGGAACAUCUGGCGGAGUUGCUUCUUAGCCGAUCACACGGCAAACGACCGAUAUCACUGAUUGGAUUCUCACUUGGUGCCAGGGUUAUCUACCACUGUCUGCUUGCAAUGAGUAAACGAUCGGAGUCAGCAGGCAUAAUUGAAGAUGUGAUUUUGCUUGGCGCUCCAGUUUCCACAUCGCCAAAACAAUGGGACCAGAUAUGCACCGUUGUUGGUGGGAGAGUAAUCAAUGGUUACUGCGAAACAGAUUGGCUCUUACGAUUUCUUUACCGUACAAUGAGCGUCCAGUUUACAAUCGCUGGAACUGGUCCCGUUUCCAAUAAAAACAGGAAGAUUUUCAACUAUAAUCUCAGCCAUAUAGUGAAAGGCCAUCUCGACUACUCGCGAAAACUUUCCGAAGUACUGGCAGCUGUGGGAGUGAGCGUGAACAGUUUCACGCCUGAUCCUUCCGGCGAGAACUUCCGCGAAGCCGUUGGAGAAGCACAAGAUGCCCUGACGAUAUCGGUCCCUGAUCACAACGAAAACGAGGCUUCUAAGAAGGAAGUCGACGCCACCACUAAUGGAAUUAAAGAGAUCUCAAUAAGGGACAAGGAAAAUGCAACAUAA